AUGAUGCCGAAGAGAGAUAAAGUUCAGUUAGCUUAUUUAUAUUUCAUUCCUAAACCUCACAAGGGAGGAACGCCAUUGAGGUCUAUUGUAUCAUCAAUGAAUAUGCCAACGACAGGAAUUUCAAAGUUUUUGGAUAAAAUAAUCCGAUCAAUAUUUCAUAAAGCGGCGCGCUCAAUCACAAUUACUGAUGGAGUUGAUUUGAUUCAACGUUUAGAAGCAUAUACAACAAACGAGUGUCUAAAAUCAAAAACGUAUUUAUACACGAUAUUAGCACAAGAAGAAUCACUUGAUAUUCUAAUUGAAUUUCUCGUUCAACAUGGCUACCAAAAAAUUCAAAAUAUUCCAAUCGAUAUUAUUCGAAAGUUAGCUCUUAUCGUCAUUAAAGAAAACGUUUUUGUUUAUGAGAACAAAUUCUAUCGACAAGUCAUUGGUGGUGCGAUGGGCUCAGCAUUUACUUUAACACUAACUAAUAUUUUCAUGUGGAACUGGCAGAAAUGA